UCCAGCCUAUCAGAGCUGACUUCUCCUUCAGGGUGGGGACACAUGCCCGGACACAUUUAAAUAACCGCUGAUCGAGCUGAAGGAGCAUUAAGAAAGCUCUUUUUUUCUUUCAAGCCUGAACUCACAUUAAACAGCCACCAUGGUUGAGUGGACCGAUCAGGAACGCGCCACUAUCUCCAGCAUCUUCGGAAGCCUGGACUAUGAUGACAUCGGACCCAAGGCUCUCAGCAGGUGUCUGAUUGUUUACCCCUGGACUCAGAGGCACUUCGGCAGCUUCGGAAACCUCUACAAUGCUGAGGCCAUCAUCGGAAACCAGAAGGUCGCAGCGCACGGCAUCAAGGUGCUGCACGGCCUGGACCGCGCUGUGAAGAACAUGGACAACAUCAAGGAGAUUUACGCCGAGCUGAGCAUCCUGCACUCCGAGAAGCUGCACGUCGACCCCGACAACUUCAAGUUGCUGGCUGACUGCCUCACCAUCGUUGUGGCCGCCAAAAUGGGAAGCGGUUUCAAUCCGGGGACGCAGGCCACCUUCCAGAAGUUCCUGGCAGUGGUGGUGUCCGCCCUGGGAAAGCAGUACCACUAAAACAGCAGCUUCCACUCGUGGUAACCAUUAAGGAGAUCUGACUUCUGUCAACAUGUCUCAUUAAUAAAGAAACACAGUCUCACUGUAGAAACAA